AUGCCAAAAAAUAAUAAAUACGGUAGUCAGGAGACCAUGCCGAACAAAGAUGCAAAUGAUGAUCCAAUUGAUUUGGACGAUUUAUUACCUAAAAUCGGUGAAUUUGGCAUCUACCAAAAACUUCUCCUGUGGUUCGUGUGCUUGCCUGCUUGCUUACCGUGUGGUUUCUGUGCUUUUAAUCAGCUGUUUAUGACAGACGUCCCUGAUCACUGGUGUCGAGUUCCAGAACUACAAAAAUUUAAUUUAACUCAAGAUGAACAAAAACUUUUUACAAUACCACGUAAGGUAGAUGACAACACAACUUUUGAGAAAUGCACUCGUUAUUCUAUUAAUUGGUCGGAAAUCAUAUCCCCAGAUAAAAUUGAAGUAAACAACAGAUGGACUCAAGAACCUUGCCUGGAUGGUUAUGAAUAUGAUAAGUCGGAAGUGAUAUCGUCGGUUGUGAUCGAUUUUGAUCUAGUUUGUGACUAUGACGUUUAUCCAACCUUGGGUCUUGUGGCUCUCAAUGUAGGAGGACCAAUCGGUGUUUAUACUUUUGGAAUUUUAAACGACCGUAUUGGACGCAAGAAAUCUUUUUUCACCUGUCUAACAACGCUUCUGAUUGGAAGUUUAAUGACUGCAUACGCACACAAGUACUGGUUUUGGGUACUUGCAAGAGCAAUAGUCGGUUUAACCAUACCCGCUAUAUAUCAAAUACCAUUUAUAAUCUCUUUGGAGCUAGCUGGGCCAAAUUAUCGAUCUUUUGUAACUGUUAUGACAUGUAUUUUUUAUACUUUGGGAUUGGUGUUGUUGUCUGGCAUUACAUACAUGUUACGUGACUGGAGGUCUCUGGCAUUAGCUACAUCAGUACCAUUUUUUUUAUACUACUUGUACUGGUUCGUCUUACCGGAAUCGCCCAGAUGGCUGUUGAUGCGAGAAAGAUUUGAAGAAGCAAACAAUAUUCUAAAAUCAAUAGCUAAAGUGAAUGGUAAAGAGUUGCCAAUAGAGUACACGAAUAAAAUUCAAAGACAGGUUUUGGAACAAGCUAUGAAUGGUGUGAAGGAAACUAAAACAGUCAGUAUGUUUGCUUUGUGUCGAACACCUAAUAUGAGACUUAAAACAUGCUUAAUCACAUUAAACUGGUGUGCAUCAGAAAUGGUAUAUGUUGGCUUGAGUUACUACGGACCAGCUAUGGGAAACAGUCAAUAUAUGAGUUUUUUUCUCUCAUCGGUAGUAGAAAUACCAAGUUACUUAGUUUGCUGGGUGCUAAUGGACCGCGUCGGGCGACGAUGGCCACUGUGUUUAUCAAUGGUUAUAAGUGGAAUAUUCUGUAUUGUGACAGUUUUGUUGCCAAAAGACGCAGAAACGGAAACCCUAAUCUUAUACUUGAUCUCAAAAUGCUUCAUUUCUGCAUCAUUUCUAAUAAUAUAUCCUUAUGCCGGUGAAUUGUACCCAACACAAUUACGAGGAGUAGGAAUCGGAACUUCGGCGUAUAUUGGUGGAUUAGGUUUAAUCAUUAUUCCUUUCGUCAAUUACCUGGGAUCCAGCAAUUUAGUACUGCCUCUAGUUGUAAUGGGGGCAGUGUCAGUAGUAGGUGGGCUAACCGCUCUUCGACUACCAGAAACUUUGCAUUGUUCAUUACCUCAGACAGCAGAAGAAGGAGAAGAAUUCGGUAAAGAUUGGACAUAUGCAGACUGUUUCAAAUGCGGCGGGCAAAGACCGAUAGUGGAAGCAGAAUCAUAUGAAAACUUGGAUCAAUUGGAACUAACACAGGCCCCCGUAGUAGAUGAGAUUUCAGAAUUACCUAACAUAAGACGAAGUUCUAUGCGCAAACUCGUACGACAAGCGAGCAUUGUUGAAACACAACGAGACUUAGAUGGAAAUAUGAAAAUGACGUACUGGUUCUAA